GGAAGGAUCGGCAUUGUUUGCUUUUGAGACCUUCUCAUAAAUGUGACAGGAAAUACUCUCAACAAAGUUAAAAGGAGAAAACAACAGUGAACAAGAAACAAACCCAUCCAUCAUCACAAUGCCUUCUUCUUCUUCUUUUCUCUUCCUGUGAAAUAAACCCUAGAAAACAGAGAUUCAUUGAGAGAAAAAAACAAACUUAGUGGGUAUUCACUUGAACAAAAACAAAUUUAAACAUGUCUUUGGGUUAUGCAGAAAAGCUCUCUUACAAAGAAGAUAUUGGAACUGUUGGAAUGACUGAAAUUUUUGAUUCACCACAAACUUUGCAAGAAAAAAUUGAAGAGCUAGCUACGAUUAUAAAACAUAGUAAGCAUCUAGUUGCAUUUACGGGCGCAGGAAUAUCAACGUCCUGUGGUAUACCUGAUUUUCGAGGGCCCAAGGGAGUUUGGACACUUCAGCGUGAUGGCAAAAGUAUCCCUGAAGCGUCCUUACCAUUUGAUCGGGCAACACCAAGUUUUACCCACAUGGCUUUGGUUGAGCUCGAGAAAGCUGGAAUUUUGAAGUUUCUUAUUAGCCAGAAUGUGGAUAGCCUCCAUCUCAGAUCCGGAAUACCUAGGGACAAACUUUCUGAAUUGCAUGGGAAUUCCUUUAGGGAGCUUUGCCCUUCUUGUGGAGUGGAGUAUGUGAGGGAUUUUGAGGUGGAGACCAUCGGAAUGAAGGAGACGCCGCGACGUUGUUCCGAUGAAAAUUGUAAAGCAAGACUCAAGGACACAGUACUUGAUUGGGAUGAUGCUUUACCUCCCAAGGAAGUGAAUCCAGCGGAUAAGCACUGCAGGAUGGCUGAUGUUGUUUUAUGUUUAGGAACCAGUUUGCAAGUAACUCCUGCAUGCAAUUUGCCGCUAAGAUGUAUUCGUGGUGGAGGAAAGGUUGUAAUUGUGAAUCUUCAGCCCACUCCGAAGGACAAGAAAGCAGGUUUGGUCAUUCAUGGGCUUGUUGAUAAGGUUUUAGCAGGUGUUAUGCAGUUGCUGAAUAUGCGAAUUCCUCCAUAUGUCCGGGUUGACUUUUUGCAGAUUUGUUUUAAGCGACUGAUCUCUAAAGACAAUGAUCAAAGAUAUGUGAGAUGGGCUCUAAGUGUAGGUAGUGUGCAUGGAUCAAGAGCGCCAUUACCUUUCGUGAGAUUAGUUGAGGUUCUUUUUCCAGAAAACCCACUACUGAAGGGUGCCAUUUUAACUAAGCCGCCAUUUCACCUAACAAGGCAGAUGUUGUCAAGACCGCUUAAGAUGUUGGUGAAGCUGAAUUUUGGUGACGGGUGUAGGUGUUCUUGCACUAGCAUUGAUUUCCCACUCAACUUUGAGGCUCUAAAGGGCAGCAUCGACAAUGACACAGAUGGUGUGGUACAGAAGCUUAGAGAUAGUGCACUUCAAGAUCCUAGUUGUGGGCAGUGUGAAAUUGUUGAGAGAAAGAGCCUUUUGUCUACAAGAAGCGAGAUCACAACCUAUGCCAUUGUCACCAACGUUGUUAGACACAGGUGUAGUCCUGUUGUAAUCCCAUCCAAAGAGAAUGGCUUCGUCCGUCAGACAUAUCAAAAUAUUGUGAAAAGGCUCAACGAGAGAACAGAUGGAAAUGAAGCAUCUCCAAAGCGAUUGAAGUGAUUUUUUAAUAUAUCUUCCCCCAACUUAUUAGUGGUAGGAAGUUCUUUGUUAGGUCGUCUAUUAAGCUAAUCACAAAGAGGGUAUUUUGUAUUUUUGUACAGUGGUUACAGUCAUAUAACUUAAGGCCCAAGCGUAUAUGCAAGUGACCAAGUGAAUUUUGUAUGCUACUGCACUUGGUCUUCCCAACUGUGAAUAUAGUAAGAAGGGGAAGGCGGGGGUAGCGAUGCUCAGAAAGUUAACAGGUGUUGCCCUAACAACUUAAUCAUGAAAUCUUUAAACAUCUCAUAUAGUAUAGUUGAAACUUGAAUGGGCACAUUUCAAUGAUAUAGGUUUUUGCGCCUCUGUUUCUUU